ACAGAACUUUCUCUCAGGCAUGUGUAUAAAAUCACUUCAGUCAGUCAGUCAGUCAGUGAGUUUCAUCGACACUUACCUGGAUAUCAGAGCACGCGCGCGCGGUCGGUCACCCACUAGCUGUCAAUCACUCAACACGCUCACAUUCUGCUCGAGAGACUUUAUUUACUGCAUUUAUUUACUUUUUUUUUUACAUUCACACGACAGGUAUUUUCCUAUAUAUUUUUAUUUUUAUAUAGCGCACACGCAGACUAAUACUACAGGAAAAAAGCUUUGGGAGAGUUUAUAAUAAAUCACCGGGCAGCGCACGAAAAUAACGGGCUUCAUUUUAUUUAAUCAAAAACUCUUUCAAAACCUCAAAAAGAAUAAACGGAUCAGAACGGAAAUAGAGGAUUUGGUCCAAUUAAAAUGCAUCGCUGGAAAGUUGCUCACGUUGCUGUGCUGCUGUUUUUGGCUGCUGCGUUGGGGUGUGGUCAGGCGCUGGACCGCACACUCAUUCUGUCCAAUGAGAGGAGCUCGAUAGAGAGAACAUAUGAGCUAACCAAAUACCUGGACCACCAGCUGAAGGAGAUCAGAGACACCUACCUGUCUUAUCUUGGGCCUCCAUUUAGUGAUCCCGGCUUCUCUCCUCCACGUCCCAACAGCUCCUCUCUGUCCGUGCCCAGUGCAGCUACACGUGUGGACUUGUGGCGCGGGUUGGAGAACGGUGCCCGUCUGGCACAGAACCAGCGUGCAUACAGCAUUCUUCUGUGUGCUGUGAGGGAUCUGGCGCGCUCCACCCUGUGUCCGUACCUACAGAGCUCUCUCCUACACUUCUGCUCCGGCCUCAGCGGGUUACUCGGCUCAAUAUCCGGCCUGAUGAAUGCCCUGGGCUACACCAACCUACCACCCUCCACAGGUUACGCCACGGCCGCUCAAGGAUACGCCCCACCCAUGUCGUCACAGUUUCAGGGCGUGAGCGAGAACAGCCCCGCCCCUCUACGGAGUUACGUGCCUCGAAACAAAGGCGCUCAGACCGCCUCGGGUGUGAGAGAGGGAACAACUCGGGCGGAUCUCAAGCGGGACAGAGAGAGGGAGAGGGGGAGGAGAGGGAGGAGAAAAGAAGGAGAGAGUUGGGUCGCCAAAGAGGAGGGAGAGAAGGAGGAAGGAAUGGAGAGAUGGGGAAAAAGGAGAAGACUGCUAAGCAUGGAAGAGGAGAAAACGCUAAAACUGAACAACAACAUGAACUACACAACUUUAAAAGUUGGAGAUGGAUACCGAAAGCAGCCCCUACUCUUUUCCUUGCCAUCCCUCCAUCCUCGUCGAUCUAGCCGUUCCAUCCCGUCUCCUAAUUCUGGUCUCUCUCCUCUCUCGCUCCUCUAUCAGUACGGAGGGCCGGCCGCUGAGGUUCACACUUUGCUGGCGGCCCCUGUGCUGUCAUCACAUCCCGCCCCUAAUGACUUCUCACGGAAAGUUGAGGGAUUUUGGGUACUGCGAGAACUGCAGAGCUGGCUGUGGAGAUCCGCAAAAGACUUCACCAGACUUAAGAAACGGCUACGAGCUUGAAAAAGAACAAACGCUCGGACCUAAAACCUAAUGAACUGACUUCUAACUAUUAGAGAAAUUUCUCGGACAAUAGUGUAGCAAUGUAUGAAGCACAGCUCACACAGAAGUCACUUUCAAACCCAAAAUCUGCAUGGGGAAAUCUUUUGCAUUUAUGCAAAAUUCCCAAUUGCAUGGAUUCCCAUUGAAAUGACUGGAUUUCACCCACAAAAAUUUGCUGAACAACAGUAAAUGUUUCCACACCUUAAGGCAGAACAGGGAUGAAACCUAAUAAAUGAAUGAUCCGGAACACUCUACAAAUAGUUCUCCACAUGGGAGAUCCAACUCGCAACUGAUUCCAACAGAGUUUGUUGAUAGCUUGUUGCUAAGCUAACAACAUGACACUCCAAUAAGAAUAUUGGGUAAAAUAGUCAGGCAGUUACUAUUGAUACUUUUCGACAUUGAAUGAAUUAUACAUAUAUUUUAAUCAAGAUUUCUAAUGAUUCAGCCACCAUGUUUAAUUUAUUUCACUAGGCUUUUAACAAUGCAUUCUGGGAUUGUCUUAUUUGCGAAGGAUAGAUGCAGUGCUGCCUGAUUUUGGUCAAAACGCAUCCAUGUCAGGAGCUUGGAUAUGAUGCAAUAAAGUGCUGCCUGUGGGAGCAGCUCACUAAGUUUUGGAACAGUAAGAGAUUGAUUCAUGCUCUAUGGAUGGAGAUCUAAGGACUUCAGAUGGUCACGCUUUGCACUAAAUCACCAAACAGAAAAGAGCCGACAGUACGUCACUAAAGGAUGAGAGCGCUCAUUGAGAGAGCGAGACAUGAUUCAGCAGAAGGAAAGUGAAUCAUGUUUGGAGUCAUGCAGUAGUGAAAGGGUCAAUGGGAAAAGUAGAGGAAAUGUGGCAUAACUAAAGAAACAAUGGAGAGUUUUUUGCUGCCUCACAAACUGAGUCAGUAAUGCCUCAUUGACACUCACUCAUCUUUUUCCAGACACACACAAAUACACACCUACACAUUUGGAAACAAACACACAAAUCUGAUGCUCAGAUGUUGUGUACGAACAGAAAAGAGCCCAUAUGAAAGUAUAUUAUUCAAAAGCUUUAUAACUUUUUUGGGCAUGGUACUGGUAAUACUGUUUUCUAGAAAUGUACAAUGAGAAAAGCAUGGUAAUUUUUGUAGAAACAUGCAGUACUCUGUAAAUACCAUGGUACGUGAAUGUGGUAAAAAUUCAGUACCAUGGCAUAUAUCAAAGUACCACAGUAUUACUAUGUUUUGGCAUGGUACCAUGAUAAUACUGUGUCUUCUGGAAGUAUACAAUGGUAAUACCAUGGUAUUUCUUGUAGGAAAGAUAUAGAGUAGUAUGAAAAUAUUAUUUUACAUGAAUGUGGUAAUAAUUCAGUACCAUGGUAUAUAUCAAAGUAUCACAGUAUUACUAUGUUUUGGCAUGGUACCAUGAUAAUACUGUGUCUUCUGGAAGUAUACAAUGGUAAUACCAUGGUAUUUCUUGUAGGAAAGAUACAGAGUACUAUGAAAAUAUUAUGGUAUGUGAAUAUGGUAAUCGUUCAGUAAUAUAGUAUUCCCAUUUUUUAAAAAGAUAACAGUAUUCUUGAAGGUUCAUUGGGGUAUCAUGAAAAUACCAGGUUAUAUAAUAAUAUACUAUGGCAUUUACAUGAUACUCCAGUGAUAUAAAAGAGCACAAAAAAGUACCAUGAUACGACAUGUUUUUGGAGAUGUUCCAUGGUAUAUAAGUACUAUGGCAUUUGUUUUUGAACAUAGUUUCAUGGCAAUCAGUACUAUGAAAUGCCAUGUAAAAAAAAACUACCAUGGUAAACUGAAAUUUCUGCACCAUAGUAUUCUUCAAUUCUCUGAAGUAAAGUACCUUGGAUAUAAUAUAAAUGCCACUCUAUAUAAAUAUGAUAAUCAUACAGUCCCAUAAUAUAUAUCAAAGUACUAUAGUAUUACCAUUCUUUUACCAUGUUACCACCACAGUUUUUUUUCUACAGAUAAGAGAUUUCAACGCAAGUUAUAAUGCAGAUGAGAGGGUGUAUAAAUAUGAGUGUUUGUGUACAGUCUGUACAUUGAUUUCUGUAUGUGUGUAUAUGUCUGUUAUAUUUAUUUAAUACUAUUUAUUUCUCUGGGGUACGACUGUAUGAUGUCACAUGUUUUUUUGCAGAGAGUACAAAAGACCUUUACUGACUACA